AUGGCGUCCAAGGCCAACAAUUCAGCCGGCCUGCGAGCCGUUCGCUCCUGCACGGAAUCUAAGGAUCCUGAAGCUCAAUCGGUAUUAGCUCCGGUGCGAUUCCAAGAUAAAGUUUCCCAAUCCCUGCACGAGAUGAAGCUCGAGGCUAUGAGCAGAGAGCUCGAGGAGCUCCGGAGCAAGCGUGACAAAAAUGAGUCGGCGACAAAGACUGAAUCAGGUUUCGAGACGAGCCCUUAUGCCGACGAAAGCGUAUCACCGGAGAGCUCCCCGAAUGACUUUGAGCUAAGUGUAGAGACUGUAGUUCUAUUCGAUACCUUUAUUGAGUCGUCAUUCGCCAUUGAUUGCUUUCAAGGAUUCGCAGAACUGUUUCUGCCCCAAUUUCCGCUCAUUAGUCCCAUUUCUAUCGAGCAUAUUUAUACACAUCAGCCUUUUCUAUUCUGGACCGUCCUCAUCAUCGUCUGUUCACACUUACCGGGCAGUCCGUACGACACGCUAUUCGCAAAGCUCCACAACCCCUAUCGGCGAUUGCUGAACCAAGAGAUUCUGGAUACCCCUCUGCCUCUCCACAAAAUCCAGGCCCUCUUAUUUCUGUGCGUUUGGCCUCUGCCAGUCGACUCGCAGCCCAAGGACCCCAGCUGGUUGUAUGUCGGAAUAGCGAUCCAGGCGGCUCGCUUUAUGGGUCUCGACCGCGAACAGCCCACGCCUUCCCUCCGAAGUGUUGGAGUGGCUUCUGGCACGGCGACUGCGCGCAUGAAUACGUGGAUCGGGUGUUUCUAUGUUGGAACUGCCCUAGCCUUGCACCUAGGGUUACGCCCGCCCAUUGAUUCCGAGUUGGACUUUGUUACCAUCCAAGCUUACCUCGAUAAGAAAAUUGUGUCUCACCGAUUCGCGGCGCAUGUCAAGAUUCAGAUUAUAGUAUCAAAGUUCUCAAACUUGUUGGUGCACGACGUUGACGAGGCUACAUCCACUUCGCUAAUGCGACUGAUGGAUACGGAGUUGGAUUCGCUGAACUCGUCUUUGACUGAGGAGGAUAACGAGGACGGAUAUAAAUUAGAGCGCCACAUUCUGGUCGUCAAGCUGCACUUUUAUGCGUUUCUGAUCACUAAAUUUCGACGAGAAAGUGUUGCCCGCGAAAUUAUGCUGAAAACCGGGCUUUCCACUGCCAUCCGAAUUAUUGACAUUUCGACGCAGCCAUUGCCUGGGAGUGGCUGGGGCAAAGGUGACCCAGAAUGGAUACGGAGGAGGAGGACACUACCCAAACACUAUUAUCUCGGCCUUGCUUUCGCCACCAUCUUCCUCAUUAAGUUCUUCCAUCUUAACAGCGCCGCUUCCAAAGAAGAACGACAGUCGGCAGCGUGUCAUAUUGGGUUGGCUCAAAACGUUUUCAAGACUUGCUCCAUAGACCCCAUGGACGAGUAUGGCAGAGCGGCGAGGGUGUUCGAACUGCUCGCCCAGCUGACAGCCGAUCGUGUUGAUGCCGCGAAAGUCCGACUGACGAAUCGCAUGGGCGUGUCAAUUGUGUUGGAUGCCAUCACUACGGCCUCGGAGAUCCGAGGCCAGCCCACCGAGAUUGGAGAAAACCAGACUCUGGACGAGGUAAAGUCGGGUAUAUCCGGCCAAGUUGGAAAUAUCGAUCCGCUGCAGGGAGUUGAAUCUUUCAUGAAUGACCAGGAUUUCAUUGGGGGUUUUUGGGACGAUCCUCUUAUGGGUAUGCUAGAUAUUCAGUCGAUACUUCCAUUCUCUGAGUAG